UUAAAAAAAAAAAAACGUAAUUUCGUUAUAGGAAAAAUUAUUUAAUUAUUAAUUAUUGUUCUAAGCCUGUUCCUAUAUAUUAAAUGAUUAAUAAUAUUUGUAAGUGAUAAAUUAUAAAUUAAUUGGAAGUAUAACUUUUAUAAUAAUACAUUAUACUCAUUAUUUAUAAAAGAAAUUAAUAUGGAAGUUGAAACUUUAUGCUCCAAAUUAAAAGGUGAACGUCCACCUGUUCAAGUAAUUGAACAUAAAUCAAGAAAGCGAACAAGCCAAGUUCAAAAAACCAAUUAUACAAAGUCAAAUACUUUGGAUUCAAAGACUGAUGAAAAAGUUAAUUUAAGGAAAUUACAAAAUGAAAUAUUAAAAUUUACAACUCAUUUUGAUGCAAGAAAUACUAAAGCAAAAGAACAGCUUGCUAUUAAAUUAGGAGCCAAACCUAGAAAAAAGGAAAAUUUAAAUUAUAAGCAAUUAAAAGAAAAAUUAAAGCAAGAAAUUGAAGCAAAAAAAAUCAAGAACAACUUUUUCAAUUACCAAAAACAAUGGUAAGGACAUCAAAAACUCAUAAAAGAUUAAAUAUUAAAAAAAAUAAGUCACAAUCUACUGAUAUAAUUAAAAAUUAUGGAACAAUAAAAAAUAAAAAAUAAAAAAUUUAUAUUUAAACUUACGGAUUAUUAAAUAAAAUCAUUGUUGUAUAGUAAAUA